AAACUACGCCUGGUUUUGUUUUGUUUUGUUUUGUCGGGUUUUGAGGCGGCCUUGGAGGCGUCCUACACGCCUCGCCACGGCAGGACGGAAGCGCGUCGGCGCGGCGUGCGGAUGAAUUAGGACCCUCCCGGCUUCACGUAGCGCGCAGCCCCGUGAUGAGACAUGUCUACUUCCUACAGAAACAGGAUGAAGGAAUUCCAAGUGGCCUUAAGUGAAGAACACAUAGACUUGAAGGUACUUCGGGAACUGUGCUUCAGUGGUAUCCCAUUUGAAGGAGGCAUCCGUGCCCUUUGUUGGAAAAUUCUUCUCAAUUAUCUACCUCUUGAUAAGACAAUAUGGGACUCUUUUCUCAAAAAGCAGAGAGAGGUGUACUCCCAGUUUUUAAGAGAAAUGAUUAUCCAGCCUGGCAUUGCCAAAGCCAACAUGGGACUGUCCAGAGAAGAUGUGACUAUGGAGGAUCAUCCUCUAAAUCCAAACCCAGGGAGCAAGUGGAAUAACUACUUCAAGGAUAAUGAAGUUCUGCUCCAGAUUGAUAAGGAUGUCAGGCGGCUGUAUCCAGACAUGGCUUUCUUCCAGCGUCCCACAGAAUACCCUUGCCAGCUAAUCUUGGACCCUCAGAAUGAUUAUGAGACCUUGCGACGGCGUGUGGACCAAACAACUCUUAAAGCACAGACUGUUAAUCGCAACCGCAGUGGCGUGACCAACGUGAGCUCCCCUGCAAGAUCUUUGAACCUGUAUCCAUCAAAUGAGUAUGAAGUUCUGCCCAGUGGGAGUGAAGCACACUGGGAAGUAGUGGAGCGUGUCCUCUUCAUCUAUGCCAAACUCAACCCUGGCAUCUCCUAUGUACAGGGCAUGAACGAAAUUGUUGGACCAAUUUAUUAUACCUUUGCCACGGAUCCAAAUGACCAAUGGAAAGAGCAUGCUGAAGCAGAUACGUUCUUCUGUUUCACCAACUUGAUGUCAGAGAACAGAGACAACUUCAUUAAGAGCCUGGAUGACUCUCAGUGUGGCAUCAUCUACAAGAUGGAGAGUGUCUUUUCCAUGCUGAAGGACAAAGAUUUGGAGCUCUAUCUCAAGUUGCAAGAGCAGAACAUCAAACCCCAGUAUUUUACAUUCCGAUGGCUGACCUUAUUGCUAUCUCAGGAGUUCCUUCUGCCAGAUGUUAUCCGCAUAUGGGACACCUUGUUCUCGGAUCAGGACCGCUUCCACUUCCUCAUUCUUGUCUGCUGUGCAAUGCUCAUACUUAUCCGUGAUCACUUGCUGGCAGGAGACUUCACAGUCAAUAUGAGAUUGCUCCAGGAUUACCCUAUCUCAGAUGUCCACACCAUCUUGACCAAGGCCAAAGAACUACAAGACAACUAAACCAGUUUACCCCUUUUAUUUUGUUUCUUCCACCCUGGUUUGGUAGGUGGGAGUUCUAACACCGAAAACCAUUUGUAUCUUAAAUGUAUUUUGUGUAGGAACAUGUUUGAAGAAAGUCAGUUUUGCUGGAAAAAGCCAGCACACUGUUUUUGGACUUGAUUUAUCAUGUAUGGUGGGUGGGACUCCUGUUGGAAUUGUUAAUCUGGGCAAAUCAGUCCUUGUUCCUUGGACUGUUCCUUGGAAGGAGGACAGGACACCACAUUGUUCUUGCUACAUGAUCGUCAGUCUGAUUCAGCAUAUCGGUCUCCUGCCCUCCAGCCACCUCUUCCAUAGAGACACUAUUGAUGAACUGAAGGUCUAAGGCCGAGGGGCCCCAGAAGCCCAACACAGCCAAUCAAUCUACACACAUUACAUGUCAUUACAGAAGCCACUAAUGAAACAAAUCUUACUGUUCAGCCAGGCUGAGGAAACGUCACAUCUAAUUUGAGAAUAUUGUAUGUUCUCACUGUGUUGUUGUUUUGUAUUGCGAUAUCAGACUGUAAAACCCAUAUUACUAACAUGUAUGCCUUUGCUGUUUAAACAUGAUGUGCAACAGAAGAACAGAAGUACUCUUGGUAAAUGUUCUGUGUUUUUAAAAUAAUCAUAAAAGAGCAGUAGUGGUCUACUUAAUGUUGGAAUAAAUCAAUGAUGUUCUACUAACUGCAGAUGAAAAAGUUAAAAUCGUCAAGAGCAUUAUCUGUCAACACCAUGUUUUCAUGAACAUACAAACAUCUGGAAAAUACCUUUUAUAAACUUGGUUAUAUAAGAAUA